ACUGACCCUAAAUAAAAACAGACCUGAAUGGACGUCAGAAUGUUUGUUAGUGGCAGGAGAGUAAAAAAAUGGCAAUUUAUUCAGUUAUUUGCCACUUGUUUUGUACUAAGCCUCAUGUUCUUCUGGAUAUCGAUCGAUAACCACAUCGUGAGCCAUAUGAAGUCCUACUCUUACAGAUACCUCAUAAAUAGCUACGACUUUGUGAAUGAUAGCCUGUCUCUUAAGCGCAGCGAGGAUGGGGCUCCUCGAUACCAGUACUUGAUAAACCAUGAGGAGAAGUGUCAAACACAAGACGUCCUGCUCUUACUGUUUGUGAAGACGGCUCCUGAAAACUACAAUCGCCGUUCUGCCAUUAGGAAAACAUGGGGCAAUGAGAAGUAUGUUCGCUCUCAACUUAACGCCAACAUUAAAACUCUGUUUGUCUUAGGAACACCUUCUGACCCACUGACAAGAGAAAGACUUCAGAGAAGACUGGUUUGGGAAGAUCAGAUGUACAAUGAUAUAAUUCAGCAAGCCUUUGCUGAUUCUUUCUAUAAUCUUACUCUUAAAUUUCUUCUGCAGUUCAGUUGGGCAAAUAGCUUUUGUCCACAUGCCAAAUUCCUUAUGACUGCUGAUGAUGACAUAUUUAUUCACAUGCCAAAUCUUAUCGAAUACCUUCAAAGUUUAGAACGAAUUGGUGUUCAAGACUUUUGGAUUGGUCGUGUUCAUCGUGGUGCCCCUCCCGUCAGAGACAAAAGCAGCAAAUACUAUGUCUCCUAUGAAAUGUACCAGUGGCCGGCUUACCCUGACUAUACUGCAGGAGCCGCCUACGUGAUCUCUGGUGAUGUAGCCGCCAAAGUCUAUGAGGCAUCACAGACACUUAACUCUAGUCUUUACAUAGACGAUGUGUUCAUGGGCCUCUGUGCCAAUAAGAUAGGGAUAGUACCACAAUACCAUGUGUUUUUCUCCGGGGAAGGUAAAACUCCUUAUCAUCCCUGCAUCUAUGAAAAAAUGAUGACAUCUCAUGGGCAUGUAGAUGACCUUCAGGACCUUUGGAAGGAUGCCACAGACCCAAGAGUAAAAAUGAUUUCAAAAGGUUUCUUUGGUCAAAUAUACUGCAGAAUAAUUAAGAUAGUCCUCCUUUGCAAACUGACCUAUGUGGAUACGUAUCCGUGUAGGGCUGCCUUUGCCUAAUAGUACUUGAAUGUUGUAUGUUUUCACUGUCACUGAGCCAGACGUGGAUGAAAAAACCUUUAAAUGUUUGUCUAUACCAUAAGUGAAAUGAAUAUGAAGAACAAAGAAAUAUUCUGAAAGCCCUAUCAGAAUGUUUCUUUGAUUCUAGAAGCCCUUCAAUAUAACUUAUCUACUUCAUUGCCUAAAUUCAUAUCAAGGAAUUUAUAUUUAGACAAGGUUUAUGAAAACAAAACUAAGGGGAAUUUCAAGUUCACAGUACCACGUGUAUAUUAAAGGUGUAGAGAAGUU